GUGGGGCUUUUACAAUUAGGUAGGGCUUGUUUCUGAGAAUACACAACACAGCCAGCGAAAUGGAGUAAAGUCAACUGUUCUUAUUCGGACUCAAAAGGGAUAACAAGAGGAAAUCGGUGCCUCUUGGAGGACCGUAAACAAACAGGAUAUCAAACGUUCUCCCGCGUCGUCAGUCUGUCGAAUGCACAGAUCUCAGCUGCGGCUUGUGCUGAUUGAGGAGCAGAAACGUUUGAUGGUUACAACUUUACGGAGGAAGUCACUGACGGGCAGCAAAUAUUACCAAGUUAUAUGUACUUAGGUUCUUCGUUUAUAUUUCAUUGCCUGUUCGUCAGCUAGUUGGCAAGCUGUUGAUCGCAAAAAAAAAUCAACUUAUAGUUGAAGACUCGGUCGCGAGAGACCGUGGACGGUUACCAAGCUAAGAUUAUCUUAACUAGCCCAUUUCCUCCAACACCCCCUCCCCCAUGAUAGCUAGCUAGCAAGCCACUGUCUCCAUAUCAGAGCCCACACACUGGGGUGAAAUAAAUGACUAUGGCUAAUUUUGUGCGGUUUCGUUGGUCUCUUGUGAAAUAACAUGGAUUUGGCUGAAGAUCAGGAUUCGUUACCUAACUGAGAUGGCGAGCUAGCGAACUGGAUGAGUGGGUUUUGUGUCGUUGCGAUAAAGCGGUUGUGUUAGCUAGCGCUAGUUUGUUACCUAUGCUUCGUAAAUUAACUAGCUCAAAUUCAUCUAACGUUACUGGCUAACUCGCUACCAAGUAGCACCGGUUUCCACAGCAGCUAGUAAUAACACUUCUCCCUUGUCGACCACGUACAUUGAGAAUCUAGCUGGCUGAUUUCGUGGCUGAAUUUACAGUUUAAAUGUGGCAUCUAACGUAAAGUUAGUGCCAACAACUGAAUGCUUGUUAUCUAAGUUCGAUAGUUGUCGCCAACGUUAGUUAGCUAAAGUAGAUUUUAGUCGGGUAUUGUUUUUGCGUGCUGGAUAUUCAGCUGGCGACCUACAUCUGUGUGGUUUGAUUGACAUCCUCUUUCUGAUAUCGCUGUGUAGGAUCCUAUGCCAUUACGAAUUGUUUAGGUUUUUCAUGUUGGUGAAUAUGUUUGAACCUGAACCUCACUACUGUAUUCGCUAGUAUCUGGACCAUUCAUUCGUCAGGCGAGCUGGCUUGCUCUUGUUAAUUUCAGCUUUCUACCCCUGUCAUCGUUAUUUCACGAGGAUGUCUUUAUCGAAUACCAAUUCGAUAGAAGUGAUACAACCCAUCUUUGUCGACGCAUAAAGUCAUGUUUUAUUUCGAAGCAGAUGCGACGAGACACAAUUAGGAAGCUUGAAGCAUACGUCUUGCUGGAGUACCACGUACCGCAAUAUUACAAUUUUAGCUUUUCAAGAAGAUACAACAAACGAUGUGGCUAGGAUCAGUGGGAAUUCACAGUUAUUAGCUCGCUGCCUUGCUAGUUCGCCACAUCUAGCAGGUGGGCCAUCUAAAAUAAGUGAAGCUCUCUGAAAUCUCUCAUCAAUCUUGUCUGGCCAUUGAAACCACUACCAUUUUUUGGUACACCAAAAAAUACCCAGAUGAUAAAUACUAUUUUUUUUUGUGUAACAAUGGUUGUGUUUUGAGCGACCGUGUGUGCCGAACCUAGAGGAAGAAAACGACACGCUUCAUUCGAUGGUCACCCCUGUCAUCCGCAUAGCUGCCUCGGUCGCCCAGGUUGGAACUAGAUUUUAAAGAUUUUCAGUGGACAUUUGCUUUAUCUUUCAAAAAAAAAUCCUUCCCACGGCUGGUGUUGUAUCGACUCGGUCGAACCAGGGUUGAAGAUGGCGGACCUCGAAGCAGUUCUCGCCGAUGUCAGCUAUUUGAUGGCGAUGGAGAAGAGCAAAUCUACUCCAGCGGCCCGAGCGAGCAAGAAAAUCAUACUGCCUGAAUCCAGUAUUCGCAGUGUGAUGCAGAAGUACCUGGAGGAAAGAGAUGAGCUGACCUUCGACAAAAUAUUCAACCAAAAGAUCGGGUUUCUGCUGUUCAAGGAUUUUUGUUUGAAUGAAAUAGAUGAGGCCGUACCACAGCUCAAGUUCUACGAAGAAAUUAAGGAUUACGAGAAGUUGGAUUCUGAAGAGGAGCGGUUGUGUCGUAGCAGACAGAUCUAUGAUGGAUACAUCAUGAAGGAACUCCUCUCCUGUUCACAUGCCUUCUCUAAGAAAGCAGUAGACCACGUUCAGACUCACCUGGCCAAGAAACAGGUGCCUCCCUCUCUCUUCCAGCCGUACAUUGUGGAGAUCUGUGACAGUCUGCGAGGGAUGAUCUUCCGCAAGUUCAUAGAGAGUGACAAGUUCACUCGUUUCUGCCAGUGGAAGAAUGUGGAGCUGAACAUCCAUUUGACGAUGAAUGACUUCAGUGUCCACCGUAUCAUUGGUCGAGGGGGUUUCGGGGAGGUGUACGGCUGCAGGAAGGCUGACACUGGCAAGAUGUAUGCCAUGAAGUGUUUGGAUAAGAAGAGGAUCAAGAUGAAGCAGGGAGAGACUCUGGCUCUGAACGAGAGAAUCAUGUUGUCCCUUGUCAGCACAGGGGACUGUCCGUUCAUAGUGUGUAUGACAUACGCCUUCCACACACCAGACAAACUCUGUUUCAUUCUGGACCUGAUGAACGGAGGGGACCUACACUACCACCUGUCCCAGCAUGGUGUGUUCAGUGAGAAGGAGAUGCGUUUCUACGCAGCAGAGAUCAUCUUGGGACUAGAACACAUGCACAACCGCUUCGUCGUCUACAGAGACCUCAAGCCUGCUAACAUCCUAUUGGAUGAGCAUGGUCAUGUGCGUAUCUCAGACCUGGGUCUGGCCUGUGACUUCUCCAAGAAGAAACCUCACGCCAGCGUUGGUACCCAUGGAUACAUGGCCCCAGAGGUGCUUCAGAAGGGGACAGCGUACGACAGCAGUGCUGACUGGUUCUCCCUGGGCUGCAUGCUCUUCAAACUGCUCAGAGGGCACAGUCCCUUCAGACAGCACAAGACCAAAGACAAACAUGAGAUUGACCGGAUGACACUCACUAUGAACGUGGAGUUGCCAGACUCGUUCUCUGUAGAGCUGAAGGGUCUAUUGGAGGGUCUGCUGCAGAGAGACGUGGUGAAAAGACUGGGCUGCCUGGGACGAGGGGCCCCAGAGGUGAAGGAGCAUCUGUUCUUCAAAGGCAUUGACUGGCAGCAAGUGUAUCUCCAGAAGUAUUCUCCCCCUCUCAUCCCUCCUAGAGGAGAGGUAAAUGCAGCAGAUGCUUUUGACAUUGGUUCCUUUGAUGAGGAGGACACCAAGGGCAUCAAGUUGUUGGACAGUGACCAGGAGUUGUAUAAGAACUUCCCGCUGGUCAUCUCAGAGCGCUGGCAGCAGGAGGUGGCUGAGACGGUGUACGAGGCGGUCAAUUCCGACACGGACAAGAACGAGGCCCGCAAGAGGGCCAAGAACAAACAGCUGGGCCACGAGGAGGACUAUGCCCUGGGGAAGGACUGUAUAAUGCACGGCUACAUGUUAAAGCUGGGGAACCCGUUCCUGACGCAGUGGCAGCGCCGAUACUUCUACCUGUUCCCCAACCGAGUGGAGUGGAGGGGAGAGGGGGAGUCACGGCAAAACCUGCUGACGAUGGAGCAGAUUGUGACGGUGGAGGAGACACAGAUUAAAGAUAAGAAGUGCAUCCUGCUGCGCAUCAAAGGAGGGAAGCAGUUUGUCUUGCAGUGUGAGAGUGACCCAGAGUUUGUCCAGUGGAAGAAGGAGCUGACCGAGGCGUUCACUGAGGCCCAGAAGCUGCUGCGUCGCGCCCCUAAGGUCAUUGGGAAGGGACGGGCUGGGGGGGUGGAGCUCUCCAAACCUCCCCUCACACACCACAACAGCAACGGCCUGUAGGCUACACACCUGCACACACACACCCCGCAUCUUAUAACCUCAUCCCCUAUGACCCCGCCCCCCCAGCCC